AUGCAGUUUUUUAAGCAAUUGACCGACCCAGCAUUGAAACGGUUGUAUAAAUUCGUACUUGAACGAAUGAUCGGUCGUUUCUUGGCUGCCGAUGAGCUGAAUCUGGAUCAAUUGGACGUACAUCUUCGGUCUGGACGUCUCGAGCUUUGUGAUUUAUUGCUAAAUGCUGACGUGCUCAAUGUAGAGCUUUGUGAGGCUCAGAAACUACCGUUCAAGGUGAAAAAAGGUUAUCUGGGCUCCGUUCGGGUGGCUAUUUCCUACGCCAAUAUUAUGAGCGAGAGUUGCUUGAUGGAGAUUGAUGAUAUUGAGAUCGUUCUGGUGCCAUUGGAUAAGGACGAGAUGCAGCAGUUUAGACGAAGCGAGACAACAGCUAAAGAUGAAGCACAACAAGAGCAGAAGGACAGUGGACAGAAGAAAAAAUCAAUGAUGCAUGAGCCAGUCGAUGAGAUCUCACAGGAAGGACUUGACUUUGUAGCCAGUUGGAUUGAACAAGUCACGUCUAAGAUUAAAGUCACUUUGUCGAACAUUUGUCUGCGACUGGAGACGGGAGAAACACAUAACGGACGAGACGUUGCAUUGCUGUGUAAAUUGGAGUGGGCACAGUUUAUGGACGAGUCCGCAUCGGAACUACAGAGCGUCUACGGACGAAGUAGUGUGGACCAGCCGGCCGGCCCACAGACGACGGAUGGCUGGACGCAGUCUUCCAUGGCAGCGAGCACGCUGUUUGGUAUAUCCCAAAAGGGCAUCAAGUUCCGUGGAAUCAGUAUGGAUUUGCACUUGAGCAGCGAAGAAGAAAACGGCGAAGAGUACUGGAACGAGCGUCGCCGUAAUGAAUACAGCGACAUGGUGCUGCAUCCCUUCCUCGCAAGUGACCCGAGCAAUCAGUGUUAUAUACAAGUGAAACUUUCUCAUUACGAGGCAUUGGAGGCACCAGCAAUGGAUGCAGAUGUUUUUUUUCGCUCUAUUCGGAUUGUGUUGCAGCCUCAGUAUUUCCCGGAACUGGGAAAAAUCGUGGAUGCCUUUUCGACGGAUCCCACCAAGCUACAUACGCACCAUUUCGAAGAUCGAUAUGCAUCGGCAGCAAUGUUCCAGUCUAUUUGUGACGAUCAACCUGGAUGGAUGACCGGAAGUGAAGAUGGCGAGGUCGAUGCGACGGGAGGAGCGUUAAACUUAUCGUUUAAGGAGUUUCAGCGCAUUGAGCACCUGCUCUUACAAUAUCGGCAAACGCAGGAUGAACUACAAUUUGCGCGUCGCAGUAGAAGUUCAUCUGAAGCGAAAAUGGUACCUGCAGAAGGAAAUAUACCUUUUAAGACACAAAAGCUGUCUGUCGCAGAUAGCGUUGAGAGCAUUGGAUUGUCAGAUGUCGAAAAUGAGGAUGAUGGAUUUUUUGAGUGUGAUUCGGGGAUCGCUAGUUCGUUCGCACCAGGUGCAUCGUUUGAAAGCAUGAGUGCAAUGGGCCAGUCUAUGUAUGCGUCGGCUCGUUAUGGCUUCGACGAUGGUGAAAAAUGCGAGGACCGAAGUCAUUUAUCAUGGUCAACAGCAGCAGCAGCACAGGACCGAGCGGCACGGCGUGUGCAGUCACGGAUAAAAAUUCAUUUGCUUGAGUGCGAAUGCGUCUUCCUGUACGAUGACCUACCUGAUGAUGGUGAUGAAGAAGAUAAAGUAAACGGAGAUGCACAAGGUAAGCAGGACGACGAGGGCUUAAUGACCGAGAGCUGUACUCUCCGUGCCCCUGUCAGACCGAAAAAGGCCUUACCUUCUGUAGGCGGACUCGAGCGCUUGGAGCUUUCUUUCAAGGAUGUUAUUUUUUCAAGCUUGGCGUACUCACGGUACUCAUUACUCGCAUUUACGAUUGGAAAGCUCACGAUUACGGAAAAGACGCUUCCUCGAAUGUCAGUAGACACUGAAGAGGAUGAAGCAGCAAUGCUGUCUGCAUGCGUUUUGAAGUGUGUUGAUAUAUCUCCAGUUUCCGGGCGGAGAGCGAAUUUGUCAUCAAAUUUGUCUGCUCAGGUACGAAUCGAUUUUGAAUUGGAGGACGAAAUGCCGGCAGCGCUUGCAUCUCUUGGGGUGCAUGUAAACGUUCAGCCUGUUGUCGUAGAAUGGGAUAUGUAUCUGUUAGAUAGAGCGCAUCGCUUGUUAGCCUUACUGGAAGAUGAUACACCGGUAUCAAAGCGAAAAGCGGCUUUAGCAGUGGAUUCGACAAAUGGAGUUCGGGAGCUUGCAAAAUCUAUCGACAUGACGACGGAAUGCAUGCAGGUGACGCUGCGGUUUCCUAUGGUUAACAGCGACCUUAUUCGGUUUGGCCCGUCCUCAAAGCGGGGACUGUGCGAAGAUAGGCUACUGAUGACUUUAGAAGACGUGAAGGUUGGGUCAUACUCUCCACGCACUAAGGAUGGGAUUGACGAGGCCGCUGAACCAGGCGCACCGAUACCACCCCUGCAUAGGAAAGGGUGCGCGCUUCCGUGGUUGUCAGAUUUUGAGGUUUCUUUCGACAACGCGAAAGUGUCGUUGUUGACUCCUGAAAAUGGUGACCAGCGGAGUUCCUGCCUGGAAAAAUUCGUGCUUGUUACUGCUUGUAGCGAUGAACGCUCAGGAGACGUUUGUACGCUCCGUUUGCGUCUUCAAGUGCCAUCUCGUGAAGAAAUGGAAGAUGCUAUUACUAGCAAGCAGAACCUAUCUCACGAUUCUAGUCAAAGCCCUGAUGCUGCAUCGAGCAACUUACCUGACGACGUAAGUGGCGAUGACAACGACGGUGGAAGAGUGGGGCUGAACGGUUGGAGCCUGGAUGCUUUCGGGCGUACAGAGUCCUACGAAAGUGCAGCAGCAGCGGCUUCACUUUAUUCGGUGAAAAUUGGUUUGCCUUGUGCCAACGCAACCUUUUCCAAGUCUUCGCUGAAUCGAUUGAUGGUGCUGUUUGACGCGCUUUUGAUGAUCAAUCCUAUUGAUGUCGACAGCUACAAUCAUAUGCUCGCUACGGCUGCGCUUAAAUAUCGAUUGAUGCCCAGCUACAUGAGCAUGAAACUCACACUACGCGAAGGAACUGUCAGCAUAUGUGACUACGUUACAUUGCCUUCAUCGCUGUUUGCUCAUGCUCCAACCCCGUCUGGAAAAAAUGAGAGCGAACAUAAGGCGCUAGAUGAACUUGAGUCUGACAAAGCUCUGUUCACGUAUCAUUUCGCGUUUGAGACUCUCCAGGUAUUUCAGGUAUCACAGUGGAUGGGACAAUUGGUCUCUCGUGUCCACGUACUAGCACACAAUACUACUUUGCUGGAAGAAGAUGGUCGCACAAACGCUGUUGUGCCAAUAAUUUAUAGGACACCUUUUGGAGUAUCGAAAGCACCUAUCUUGUUCAUGGGUGUCGACAUCGCUGACCAAACUAACGAGAUGCGCGAGAUGAAAGUGGAAUUACAUCUGUCGCAUCUCAGUUUACGCUACGACGUACGCUCGAAAUGGCUACUUCAAAUGCUGAAUAUGAUGCUGAUGGAAUACCCGACCCCAAUUAUUCCGCUGGACUCGGUGAGCAUGUCAGAUGAAGAAGGUACGAAGCUCUCUGAAACUAUCAAGGGCGGAGGCAGCUACGACGCUGAACCUCUGGCAAUGGCCACGAAAACUGUUUUUACAAAUCUUUUCGUCAAUUUUUACGACGUCAUAGUCGAUUACGCGCCUUUGACCUUGACAUCACGCAUGAUUCUCGUGUUGGGUAAGGUCAAUGUGUCUUCCAACGUUGUCACGGGUGCUGUCAUGCAAGGAUACAAAAUUUCCGUCGGCGACUUGGAGCUGUUUCUAACGCAAGCACGUGCAGGCUACGAUGACAUCGAUGACGUUCUUCUGGGCAAAGAUCUUUUUCUCCGUGGCAGCUCUAAAGUUUCAAAGAAGAAGUCACUUAAGUUUGCUGACACGUAUGCUGGAGGAGGAGGCGGUAGUCUGGAUGCAGUAUACCCUUCCUUGCUUACGUUUCUGGAAAAGUUUGGCUUCUUGCAGAUUGUUACGAUGGAUUUUGUGGAUGUUUUCCUACGCGUGCAGGUGCCACCUUCUACGCUUAAUGUUUCAUCUGUAUCCCGUGGCCAGCGUGAAGAAAAAGUGUCAGCUCCAUCAGUGUCACCGGAGCUGUCAGUGGAACUGAAUUUAGGCACGGCCAAUGUUUAUGCGUGCUUUGAUUCUUUUAACACAUUGAUUAAGUUGCUUUUGGUAUGGACGGAUCAGCUUGCAUCCGAACAGGAGCCACGUGAUACUACUGCAUACGUGGGUCUGGAUGGGGUGAGCGAUCCAUCCAGUGUGUCAGUUGUCACGAAUAUAACCUCCGCACCUGCAAAUAGUUUGCGACCGAUGAGUAUUCCUUCAUCUGAUUUUGCGCAGGGAGUAGCUGAUAUAUCUAGCACUAGCAGCGUACGAAGUGAACGGCUUUCCGUCGGUAACAAAGGCGAUUCUAGCCGAGGCUCUAUCAACGUCCUAGAGCAAAUCGAUGAAGACGCUUUCGGUGGCGGGAAGAAGAUUUUUCCUGGGAAAGCUGUUGCAACUGAUACUGAAGCCCGCUUGCUGCGCACUCGAAUGGAUUUGAUUCAAAAGGAGAAGGAUCGUAUGGUUCAUGGCCUCGAUCGUGACGACCAGUUAUCAGCGUCAGAGUUACGAUUAAAGCAUCAGCAAGAGGAGAGGCGGAAAUAUUCAAAACCUGUUCGUAUUAACGAGCUAGUCAUCGAAGACUAUUAUUCCGAGGUGAGAUCGUUCGAGGGACACGAGUCUGCAGGAGCAUUUCUAAUGGGACCCGAGCCAAACAGUGGUCGCUCACCCCAAGGGGCUACACCUGAAGAUGACCCUUGGUUUUCUCCGGCCACUGGAAGCUCAUUAAAUGCCUCGAUGCAAAUGGGUUCCUCUCAUGAGAGAGAAAAAGUGUUAUACAACGAGCACAAUGCGCGGUGGCUUGCACGUGAUGCAACCACUGGUAUUGUAGGCGAAGAUGAAAGCGCUUCUACAGGCGAAGCAUCUGGAGAAAAAAUUUCUUUGUUUGAGCCAGUGGAAGAGAAGCCUCCUGUUCCAUUUCCUGUACAGCCAAUGAGCUCUCCAGCGAGUGUUGAGCAAGCAAACGCGAGCUACAAUGAUGCGUACGCGUUUAAUGACGAUAAUGAUGGUGACGGUGUUGACGUAAAUGCCGCGUUCCCGGCUGCGUCGAAGAACUGGUGGGGUAUGCAGAACGGGCUUGACGAAGUGGAGCUUAGUGAUUUACAAACAGAGGGAACUGCAUCUUCAUUCUCGCACCAAAUGGACCUCCUGGAGAGCAAAAGUAUGGCUCGUCAGUCUUCCGGUGAAGUAGACGGUGAGGAAGUGCACGGUGCAAACAGCAACGACAUUUUCCCCAAUGGCAUGUCCAUGUCAAUUGUCGACGUCGGUGAGGACGAAGGCAAAGAGAUCGAACUCGAGUUUGCUCUCGACAGUGACCUUCAGUCGCGGUUCAAUAGACUGCUUGACAUGGAAUCGAACAGCGGCCAUGAAGUUCAGGAUAUGGACGGCGAUUAUGGCGAAAGUGAUACGGACGAGUUAGCGUGUAGACAACAGAGCAGAGAGGAACAGCGGCGCAACCACUCCGUGACGUCGUCUCCACGUGCCGUUCCGAAACGACCAGCAUCGUUUUUGUCAACUAGUAGCCACGCUGGUGCUCCUUCUUCGUCUUUUGGAAUGCCGACGGUCUCUCCAUCGGAUGAGCCUACGGCACGCUGGUUCUACGAUGACCUGCGGUCUGAUGAUGGUGGUCCCCGCGUGACGGGUCUGCCAUCGCGAAUUUAUCCGCAUCAUGUAGAAAUACCGAUUGGUGGCUCUGCGACAUCUCUAUCAUUUGGUGAAAAAGAAUGCGAAGCUGCCAUAAGAUCCAUCACACGAGAAAAUGCAGUUCGGAAAGUGGUGGCGCCGCCCCCGAUCGUUAUACAGCACGUGCUGCUGCGUAACUUUAAUAUUUGCAUGCGGUUCUUCGGUGGCCACGACUGGACACGCGAUGCCAGUGAAGCUGUAAGACUCCACCCUCCAAAGGAUACCGAUAUGCCCACUGAGGAUAUGCAGCAACCGGACAGUGCUACCACAAAGAAAGAGAAAUUGCUGGAUGUUCUGUAUGACAAUUACGUUCCUUCAGAUGGUGGUGACCUCUUUGGAAACGAUAGCAGCUCACCUCUAUUUACCAGCGCAAAAAGCGCACCCGCUGCAUCCUUUAUGAAACGAGAUCCAGCUACACGAUCAAUGCGGGCUGCGUCAAUUGAUUGCAUGCCUGCAUCGCGAAAGCGUUCGUUAAAGAAUAGUGGUCGCAAAACAGAAGAAAUGCUCGAGUUAGUGGCGACACGGAUUCAAUUGCGUCUGGACAUAUUCGAUAAUGCCAAGGACCAAUCACUGGCAUCUCACAUGGUGCUCGCACUAGGGGAUGUGGAAUUGCUGGAUUACAUUUCAACAUCGCAGAUCCGCAAGAUCAUGUGCUACUGGAAGUCUGAGGCGACGCACCCGCGCGAAAGUGGCAGCUCAAUGGCGCGAUUGCAGUUGACGACAGUCCGACCAGGUGCUAACUUGUGCGAAGAACACCGUCUAAAGGCUCGGUUGCUGCCAUUGCGCAUUAAUCUUGAUCAGGAGGUUGUAAAGUUUCUGCGGCAGUUCGUGCCUCUUGAGGAUCCACCACCGGCGCCAAAGAUACGUUCUACAAUGUACCAGAUUGACGAUACGGAUGAUGUUGAAUCAGCGAUGCAUGAAGGUGGGAUGGAGAUGAAACCUAUUGGUGAGACUAUACCUGCACUGGAGGCGGAUGUUAGUUUAGGUGCUUGGUUUUUCCAGAGCAUUGACAUCAAGCCGUGCAAAAUUAAGAUUGAUUACCGGCCUAAUCAUGUCGACUACGCGGCGCUUCGUGCCGGUGACUAUCUAGAAGUGAUUAACCUUUUCGUGCUUGAGGAUAUGGAACUAGUGCUCCGACGAGUGCAAAUGAGUGGACUGGAUGGAUGGGCUGCUCUGAGCGAAAGUGUACUAUUGUCAUGGGUACAAGACAUUUCAAGGCACCAGAUUCACAAGUGCGUUGCGAGUGUGUCGAUGCCUCCUCUACGUCCAUUUGUAAACAUUGGCGCAGGCGCCGCAAACUUGAUUUUGCUUCCAAUGGAGCACUAUGGGCGUGAUCGGCGACUUGUGCGUGGAAUCAAAAAGGGUGCAUCCAGUUUUCUCAAGUCUGUGACAAUCGAGACACUCAACACUGCUUCAAAAAUGGCUCAGGGCACUCAAGCAUUACUAGAACAUGCAGAUGAUGUCGUGUCGUCAUCGUCAGCGCUGCGUCGUAAACGACUGAAAUACCGACAAGCUGGUAGUCGAAUUGCUCGGAAUUCUCGACGGAUGGGUGGUGGUGGUAUUCGCAAUGCUCAGGAUACGGGUGGUGGUAUUGGAGGCCGUCAAUAUUUGACUCAGCAACCAGCGACUGCCGCAGAGGGGUUUGGCCAAGCUUACGACUCACUUGCACGUGAGUUUCAUGUAGCAGCCAAGACUAUUGUGGCUGUACCGCUUGUCGAGUACAAGAAAACUGGUUCUCAAGGUUACGUGCGAUCAGUUAUUCGUGCUGUUCCGGUGGCAGUGUUACGUCCUAUGAUUGGUGCAUCUGAGGCUGUAGCCAAAGCAUUAAUUGGCGUACGCAAUGCUGUGGAUCCAGAACUUAAAGAAGACAUUGAGAAUAAGUUUAAGGACUUUCGAACAAGUUAA